CUGGGCGCGAUGGCGCGGCCUGAGGGGCCGCCGACGCUGCCCGAGCCCCUGCGGCGGCGGCUCGUGUCCUUCAGCAGCUCUGUGUUCAGCGACAGCCACCGCACCGCGCUCAGCGACGUCCCCCGCGCCCCCCCGGGCUUCCCGGGCUACCGCGCAGAUUGUGAAAUCCUUUCCAGUUUGCCACUGCAGAUGUCCCUCUAUUUCAAUGUUUAUUUCUUCCCGUUUUGGUGGCUCAUCACAGUUGCCAUCCUCUACGUGAAGUAUCCAGCCUUAUCAGAUUAUUACAAGUUCAUCCUGGUCACCAUCAUGAUCCUGGUCUCUCUGACAGAGCUCAUUCGACUCUACCUGGGAUAUGUGGGCAAUCUCCUGGAGAAAGUCCCUGAGCUGGCUGGGUUUUGGCUCCUGACUCUCCUCCCGCAGUUGCCUAUAAUUCUCUUCUUGCUAUUUAAUGAAGGUCUGAAAAUCCACUCUCUGGAGCGAGCCGUCCACAUCAUCUUCGCCGCCUUCCUCUCCUUCCAAGUGGUGGCGGCGUUUUUCGCCCUGAGGAGGAUGGUGAACACUCUGGCCACUCGCUUCCGCCUGACCGAGUUCCACCGCCUGGAGGAGCAGCGCCCCGCGCCCGGCGUUUGCAGCCUGGCGGCAGGGAGCAGCUCCCGGGGCUGGUAGGGCCCCGGUGCCCGCCGGAGACCGCGCCCCGAGGGCCUCAGGGGGUAACAGAGCCCGGCCCACUGUGGCCACAGCUCUGUUUCCGGUCUGUUGGGUCAUUCUUUGCCUUCUUGCCUCAGAGGUAUCAAAAAAAUAGAUCUUGCUCAAGAGCCAACAUUAAACCUCAGAGGAUGGAGCUCCUUUCUGCAAGGAAAAUCAAAGCCAAUAUAACUGACCCGAGUGGACUAUUUGUGGACUGAGUAGAUUUGGAGGGGUUUACACAGUUGUGGCAUUUUUAAAAAACCAGAAGCCUUUUUCCCACUGUUGGCACAAAAUUAUUUUGUUUACAAUAAAUCUUUUCUACACUUUUUUGUGU